AUGACUACCAACUCCUACGGCUCGGCCCUCCCAAAGUUCGACUAUCCUUCAAUUCAGCCAGCCGUCACCAGGGCAUCCAGAUUAAAGGCACUGCCUCUCUCAGCAAGAAUUGUCUCCGUUGCUGCUGCUGCAGGACUUGCCUUCUACGCUAGGCCUCUGAUUCAGCAACAGCGCGAGCUGCACGCCUCGAGAAAGUCUGCGGAGGCAGCUCGACGCCCGAGCCCCGCGGCGAGCGUCUACGUUCCUUGGGACUACACUGGCCCGGGCAGGACCCCGAAUUUGUGA